CUUACUCUCACUUUUACUCAUCUCCUUUUUUAUUUUUAUUAUUGUUAUUAUUUAUUAUUAUUAUUAUUAUUAUUAUUUACUUUAUUUUCUUAUUAUUUAACUGUUAUCACGCUUUGAAAUCAUAACAAGAUGGGUCAACAAGAAAACAAUGCUUAUCCGCCUGGAACAAUUGUAUUUGCCAAAUUGAAAGGAUACCCCUGGUGGCCAGCAAAGGUUGAAGAUGAACGUACUGUACCAGCCAAAGUCAUGAAACAAAAGACAAAAACCAAAUCACCAAUAUGGACUGUUUUCUUUUUUGGAUCAAGAGACUAUGGAUUUUUUGGACCUGACUCUAUUCGACCAUUCAACAAAGUCAAUGUGGAAAAGGAUUUAAAGGCGAAAAAGUUUAAAACGAAGGAUUUGGAAAUGGCAGUACGUGAGGCUUUAGAUCCAACUUUGAUGGAAGAAGAUGAACAAGAAGAAGAAGAAGAGGAAGAGGAACAACAACAACCUCAAGAAAAGAAGAAAUCGAAGGUAACAAAGGGUGGAAAAAAGGCAAAUUCAACAGCAACAAAUGAAGUGACAGGGAAGACUAUAACACCACCCGCAGCGUCAAAGGGAAAUUCGGCAUUGCCUUCUUCUACCAAGAAAACAAGGACUCUACAAACUUCAGAUCAAGAAGAUAUGGAUACCCAACAAGUAGUGAAUAACAAACGCAGUGUUAGUGAAGAUGCCAAAUCGGAUAAAAAGAAAAGGCGCAAGUCAAUGUCAAUGGAAAAAGAAGAUCAAUCAGUCAACGGGCACGAUCGUGCAAGUGCGUCUCCAAUCACACCUCGCAAAUCAGAAGAAGGAUUGAACAAGGAUAAUGAAUCACCAGAAUUUACUCGCGAAUUCAAACGACUGUAUCAUCUUAGACAUCGUUUACAAAAGUUGAUGUAUGAAAAGAAACAGGGCGAUAUUCCAUUAGAUGAUUACCCCAAAAUCUCACAAGCUUUGAAGGAUGUUGAAGAUGCGCCUAUGACAUAUGAAUUAUUACGGCACACAAAGAUUGGUAAGGUGGUCAAGUCAGGAAUUGGAUAUGAUUUUGGGAAUGACACAGAAUUCAGUAUUCACGAACGAUGCCAACAAUUGUUGAAAAGAUGGAAGGAAUUAUUUGUGGAUACAAACUUAGCAAGAAAUCAAGACACUGCGGGCGACCAUAGCAACAAAGAUUCAACAACACCAGCAUGAUGAUAGAGGAGGAUGAAUGUUUUACUAUAGACAUUUGUAUAUUUGGUUUGGAUUUCCUUUCUUGGGGAUUAUUAUCAUUAUCAUUCUUAUCGUCACUCUUCCUUUUUCCUUUUAUUCACAAUUCCACAUAUUCUCUCUCUCUCUUUUUUUUUUUCUUCAUUUUUUUUUUUUAUUCCUUUGUGAUUUUAUUUCUUAGUUCCCUCUUCAUAUGUGUCUUUUUGAUGUUAGUCUUAUUGCAUUCCUCUUCCUUUUUUUUUUUUUUAACUUUUACUAUUAUACUUGAUUUUCCACACUCUCUC